AUGGCUCCGGCCGCGGGCUCGGAGUGGAUGAAGAUGACGGUGGCUGCUUCGUUGGGAUCCGGAUUGCAGAGUUCUGUAGCGUAUUUCUCUGCGGAGGCGGAGGAAGGGCUGCCGCUUUUUUGGAGAUCAGCAUAUUACGAUCCGGCUCAGCUCCUUGAGCUGGCCCUGCGACUCUUGAGGGCAGCAGGAAUUUGGAAUCCUCAGGCACAGGAAAGCCACCUCACCGCGGCCGCCCGAGCAAGAUGGGGGUCUGUUGCACACGUUGUCGACAGACUUGGGGGAGUAGGAGAGCGAUGCCGCAACUACGACUGGAAGGCAUCUCAAUUCUGCUACCAGGUGUCGGAUCUCCUUGGCCACUUCGAGGAGGCUUAUGCCGCCCCCGACUUUUCGCCGCAGCAGCUGAAGGAGGAGUACAACACGCACUUCAGGCCGCAAGCGGCCAGCCAGGCGUGGGAGGAGCUCUCGCCGAGAGGCUUUGCUCGGCUGCUGGCAGAUGAGAGGCUCACCUCGAGCUCAGCUGUGAUGGAUGUUGGUAGCGGCCUCGGCAAGCUGGUGGCCGUCGCCGCUGCCACCACCCCCGUCUCUGCUGCCUGGGGCAUCGAGCUGAGCCCCCGCCGCGCGGAAGCGGCCGUGGAGGCCAGGAGGAAACUGGAGGCGCGUGGUGCAUUGAGCAGUGUGGAGGUUGAGCGCAUGAGGCUUUUGCAGGGCAACUGCCUGGAAGACCUUUCUGAGGAGGCAUUGAGUGCAUCGCACUUCGUGCUCACGAUGCGGCGUGUUGGGAAGCUCCCUGCUGGCACACGUCAAGUGGCCGAGCGCUUCCUGGACCUCCUGGCGCGGCGCGGAGAUGCAAAGGUCGUCUGGAGCGUCGGCAAGAGGCUGGAACCACGCCCUGGAUUGGAGUACGUCCACUCCUGCAUGCUGGACGCCGAGUGGACCGACCAAGAGGAUGUCCUCAUCCACCGCUACUCCCUGGCUUAA